AUGAUGGACAAAUUCCUAGCUCCUCAUACACCUGAAGCUGUUGCUCACUCUCAUCUAUCUGAGCAGUGUAAUGGUGUCAAUGACCACAUCGACGAGGCCUUGGUCGCCGGAUGUGCUUCGUACAGGGCUUUCGAUCGUUACCUUAGUGGCGCGGACCUCUUCAUAUUGCCACGGACACGCAAAGAGCUCGAAAACGUUCUGAAAAGAUAUGCUUACGAUGCUAUACAUAACACCAUUGCUCGCAGUCGGUCGACUUUAGAACCGGGAGGCUAUAGCAGGGUUUGUAUGCAGGCCGAGCAAUCGAUACGCGCGGUCCUUGAUACCGGAGACAAUACGUCAAUCCUUCUCGCGAUGCACCCUAAUCCCACACCAUCACGGUCGAGCUUCUCUAAAAAUCAUUCCACGCCGCCUCCAUUCAUCAGCACCAAGUGA